CAGGUGGUGGAAUGGGGAGGAGACAGUGGGGAGGCUCUGGGCAGACCCUGGAAGAAGGGGCACAGGGCAGGGUGUGGGUUCCCUGUUGGCAAGACCAGGUGAGCUAUGGUGAACCAGCUGCCCCUGCUACUUCUUUUGCUGUUGGCCCCACAGGAGGGUCAUGGCUGCCAUGGAAUGGAGCUGGACCGGGAGCUUGUCUUAGCCAAAGUGAAGGCCCUAUUCCUGGAUGCCUUGGGUCCCCCGACAGUGACUGGGGAAGGUGAGGUUCCUGGAAUCAGAAGGCUGCCCCGAAGACACACCACAGGUGACUUCAUCCGCAGGGGCUCCAAACCAGAGGAAGAAGACGUCUCCCAGGCCAUCCUUUUCCCAGCCACAGGUGCCACCUGUGAGGACGAGGCAGCUACUGGAGUGGUGGCCCCAGAAGCUUCAGAGGGUCUCUUCACAUAUGUGUUCCGGCCAUCCCAGCAUACACGCAGCCACCAGGUCAUUUCAGCCCAGCUGUGGUUCCACACGGGGCUGGACAGGAAGGUCUCAGCCGCCUCCAAUAGCUCAAGGCCCCUGCUAGACCUGCUGGUGCUGUCAUCUGGGGGUCCAGUGGCCGUGCCUAUGUCCUUGGGCCAGGCUCCCCCUCGCUGGGCAGUGUUGCGGCUAGCCACCUCUGCUCUCCCACUGCUGACCCACCCUGUCCUGGUGCUAUUGCUGCGCUGUCCUCUGUGUUCCUGCUCCGCCCGGCCUGAGACCACACCCUUCCUUGUGGCCCACACUCGGGCCAGACCACCCACUGGAGGGGAGAGAGCCCGGCGCUCAACUCCCCCGAUGCCCUGGCCUUGGUCUCCCGCUGCUCUGCGCCUGCUGCAGAGGCCUCCAGAGGAGCCCACUGUCCACGCCUACUGCCACAGAGCUGCACUCAACAUCUCCUUCCAGGAGCUGGGCUGGGACCGGUGGAUCGUGCACCCUCCCAGUUUCAUCUUCCACUACUGCCAUGGUGGCUGCGGGUUGCCCACUCCACCCGACCUGCUCCAGCCAGUUCCUGGAGUCCCCCCUACCUCUGUCCAGCCCCUUACUCUGGUGCCAGGGGCCCAGCCCUGCUGUGCUGCCCUCCUGGGCACCAUGAGGCCCCUACAUGUCCGUACUACCUCAGAUGGGGGCUACUCUUUCAAGUAUGAAACGGUGCCCAACCUUCUCACACAACACUGUGCUUGCAUCUAAAAGGGUCCCGCUUCCUUAUCUCAUGGCUGGUGGCCAAGCACCCAUCAUUGUCAGCUAGGGGGAAGGAAGAGUGUGGAAAAUUAGUGGUUCCUACUCCUUCUUUGACUUCUCUGCCUGAGGGCUCCCCUCCCCAUACCACUCCUGUCCCAUGGGUAACAGACAAUAAAGAACUCGGUGCAUACAA